UAAUGAUAUUUGUUGGUUGUUUUGCAUCAAUUUCUUGCAAUUCAACAGAUGUGAACAUACCAUUUGACCACCGAUUUCAUAUGGAGCCCAUCCUUCCCUACAACACUUGGGGUACAUUUAGAGGAAUGUAUUAUUUCGGUCUCAGGACUACACAACCCGACUCUCCAUCCAUUGGUUUAAUUUGGUUCAAAAAUUCUGCGUCCGAUGUAUCACAUCUACAGUUGAGACACACCUGUCAUCCGGACGAUGGUAUUAUCUAUGGCUGGAAAGCACAUAAUUUUCAAGAUUUUGGUUUCCAAACCAUAACCGAUCAAAAUUAUAAACUAAAUACAAGUUUUGUAAAACAUACCAAUGCUAACAAUUGGUCAGCUUUGGUGUCAGUCGACAAAAUCACUGCAAACAAUAUUAAUGAUGAGACGAUGUCUGUUGUAAUGUACAUAUCAUUAAUGAGAGACAAGGAUUAUAUCACAAUAAGUGGUUUUAAUACCAGUUUUAUUAAUAUAAAAGGUUAUAAUCAAUAUAUUGGUAAUUUUACACUUAAUAUAAAAGCUGAAAGUAAUGCAUUAAUAUAUGGUGGACAGUUAGUCAGUAAUGCAACAAUUAUUGAUAUUAGUAAAGCAAUUAAAAGUAAUUUAUCUAAAAUGACAAUCAAUGGGACGGAUAUAUAUGGCUUAAAACAGGGCAUAACUCCAACCCAUACCCAUCUCAUUGCAUAUCAAGUAGUCUCCAAAGGAUCGUUUAAAGUGAGAACAGAUUUUAGUACUGGAAAGUCAUAUUUAAAUGAUAUACAAAAUAACGAGGAUUUUGAAAGUGAAUUAAAGAAAAAAAUAUAUAAUUUUGACGAAGAAUUUGAUAAAAAGUUUCGAUUAAAAUCAAAAGGUUUUAAUGAAAGUCAGAUCGCAUUUGGAAAGUCAAUACUCAGUGAAAUGAUUGGAAGUAUUGGUUAUUUUAAUGGCAAUCUUUCAGUUAACUCACCCGGUAUGACACAACCUAAAACAUACGGUCCAUUACAGAUACUAUCAGCCGUACCCUCUCGUCCCAUAUUUCCUCGUCCUUUCUUAUGGGACGAAGGUUUUCAUAAUCUAGUCAUCCAACGCUGGAACAGCUCAUUGACGACUACUAUCAUGAAGUCUUGGUUUAAUCUUAUGAAUGUCGACGGAUGGAUACCCCGCGAGAUCACAAUUGGCGCCGAAAGUAUUGAUAACUUUCAUGGACUCAAUACUCAAACAGAUGUGAACGCCAAUCCCCCGUCAUUCUUGUUAACCAUUGAUACUCUGAUGAAAAACAAUGAAAUCGAUAAGUCAUAUCUGAAAGAGAUAUACCCCCGACUAAGUUCAUGGUUUAACUGGUAUAAUACAUCUCAAAGUGGCACUAAAAUGGCAACAUAUAGAUGGAGAGGCAGAUCACAAGACAGUAUACAUGAAUUGAAUCCUUCAACUUUAACCUCUGGUCUCGAUGACUACCCACGGGCUACACAUCCCACUGAUGAUGAAUAUCAUUUAGACUUGAGAUGUUGGAUAUGGUUGGCAGCGGAUGUUAUGACACGUAUAGCCGAUGCAAUUGGAGAUACAGUCAUGAAAAGCAAAUACAAAGCGACAGCAGAUUUAUUGGCCGACAACGGCUUAUUAGAGACACUUCAUUGGUCUGAAGCGGAUAAAGCCUAUUGUGAUUAUGGAUAUCACUCGACAAACGUUUCGCUGGUCAAAGACUCGACCGGACAGUAUGUACGCAAAGUAUGGACACCACCUAAAUAUCAGUUGACAUGCGAUCAAUUAGGUUAUGUCAAUCUAUUCCCUUUGAUGUUUGGUCUAAUAGAGCCCAACAAUACACGAUUAGGUCAUGUUUUAGAUAUAAUUGGCAACUCAUCUCAAAUGGGAUCACCAUAUGGAUUGAGCUCAUUGUCUAAAACAAGUUUUUACUACAAUAAGUGGAACAGUCAGUGGGGAUCGCCCUACUGGAGGGGUCCCAUUUGGAUUAAUAUCAAUUAUCUGGUACUUCGAUCUCUCCACUAUUACGGCAGUCUUAAGGGUCCCAAUCAACUAAAAGCACAAAACUUAUAUAAAGAGCUCAGAAAUAAUAUAAUCACAAAUAUGUUUAAUCAAUACGAGAAAACUGGGUUUAUAUGGGAACAGUAUAAUGAUAUAUCGGGUUCGGGUCAGUGCUCCCACCCGUUUGUCGGGUGGUCAGGGGUUGUCCUACUCAUUAUGACUGAGUCUUACUAAACAUUAAUUCUAUUCACAAAACUUUGACUUACGAUACAAUUAAAUUAAAAAAAUAUAAUUCAAAAUUGUAAAUUAUAAAUUAAAUUUUAU